CGGAUUAAAAUAAAACAAAUUAUUACCGCUCUAAAUAAAGACAAAAUACAAAAUCUUACAUUAUAUUAUUAAUAAACAACUUUAAUCGAAUGAAAUAAUUGAAUAAAGAUCUAAAAUUUAUUAAAUUCAGCGUUUAAAAUUGCAACUUUUGGGUUUUGGUAAAAUUGCGUACACACUGUACACGAUUUUUGCUUGAGCAUAUGUGUUGUUACAAAAACAGAAUACUUACUCGAAAAAUUCGUGAUUUCAUCAAUUCAAGGCUAAAAACGAAUUAAAGCAACUAUGGACCAAGUAAUGGCAUGGGUUGAACCCGGGAAACAAUUCGCAAAGGAUUCUAUUCGGCUUGUAAAAAGAUGUACGAAGCCCGACAGAAAGGAGUUCCAAAAGAUCGCGGUUGCUACCGCUAUUGGAUUCGCUAUAAUGGGAUUUAUCGGUUUCUUCGUCAAACUGAUCCAUAUUCCCAUAAACAACAUUAUCGUCGGUAGUUAAGAAGAAUAUGGGGAUGAAUUAUGACUUUUGAAAUGGAUUAUAUCUCAUAUGAUGGUCUUGUUGUGGUGGUGUGUUUAUAAUGUAUUAGUUUUGUGUAGUAGUUGGUGUUUUUGUCAUAUUUGACAUGUUUCUAACUGCUUAAAUUAAAAUUGGUGUUUAUCGCGUUAUAAUUUUGUCAUGUUUGUUACUUUAAUGAUCAUUGCAACUUGUUCAUCUUAUUAUAUAUUAUAAUAUAAAUUUAUCAGGGUUUAACGACAACACUGCAAAUCAAUUUGUUUGCGGAUUUUCAUCACCAAAAUUGUGCAAUUUUUGUUGGUUACUAAAGUUUAAUUCAAAAUUUUCCAAUGCAUAAGUACAUAUUCACAAUUGCCCUAAUUCUGUACAGAAAUUUCACUAUUUUGUUGUGUUAGAACUUGUUACUUCCUCAUAAAACACUGGAAGACAUUUGUAAAAAUAUGCAAUUUAGAUCAAAAUUACAUUACAUUAAAUUAGCCUAAAAAAAAUUUUUAAUGAGUAAAUUAGAUUAAAAAAUUAUGUGUUUCUUUCUUUACAUGCAGCUGUAAAGUUAAGCUUGCUUGGUCAAUUAUUGAAUGAAUUUUGACCAUGGGUAAGUUGGAUGUGUCGAUGUUGAGGUAUUUGUCCCCUGAAGACAUGAGAGUGUUAACUGCUGUUGAAAUGGGAAUGAAAAAUCAUGAGAUAGUUCCCGUGUCUCUCAUUGCUUCAAUAGCCAACCUCAAACACGGUGGAACUCAUAAAGUAGUGAGGGAGUUAUCAAAACAUCGGUUGCUGGCGUUCGAAAAAUCGAAAAUGAAUGCAGGGUAUCGCCUUACCAAUAAAGGGUACGACUACCUUGCAUUGAAGGUUCUCUCACAUCGAGACGUCCUUCAUUCUGUCGGCAACCAGAUCGGGGUGGGCAAGGAAUCUGACAUUUAUAUUGUAGCUGGUGAAGGGGGAGAACAACUUGCAUUGAAGAUACACAGACUUGGUCGAACAUCGUUUCGACAGUUAAAGAACAAGCGCGAUCUCCACUUGAAAAGAAACACAGUUUCGUGGAUUUAUCUAUCGCGACUCGCUGCCACCAAAGAAUAUGCUUAUAUGAAGGCUUUGUAUGAACGUGGGUUCCCGGUUCCAAAACCAAUCGAUAGCAAUCGUCAUUUAGUUGUGAUGGAACUUCUGCAGGCUUACCCUCUUCAACAGAUCCACGAACUCAGCGACCCAGCUGCCGUUUUCACUGAGUUAAUGCACAUGAUACUUAAGCUUGCAAACCAUGGUUUGAUUCACGGUGAUUUUAAUGAGUUUAAUCUCAUGCUUGAUGAAAACGAUCAUGUGACCAUGAUUGAUUUCCCUCAGAUGAUGUCUACUUCUCACAAGAACGCAAAGUUUUAUUUCGACCGAGACGUGGCAUGCGUUCGUGACUUUUUCUUCCGGAGGUUCGGAUUUGAAUCCGAGGAUCUUCCUCAGUUUGAACGGGAUGUUCAUAAGGAAUGCUCCAUGGAUAAGGAAAUAUCGGCGAGUGGGUUCACGAAAAAAGAAAAGGAAGAGAUGGAAGAUUUGGAGAGAGAGUUUCAGAGGCAAGUGGAGGGAGAGGAAGAGAAUGAAAGAGAAGAAGAAAAGAGUGAGAGUGGGGAGGAAAAGGAUAAUGAGAAGGAAGAGGAGAAGAGUGGAAGACACCUGGAGGAAGAGGGAAAAAGUGGGAAAAAGCUUGAUAGUGGUCAAAAGUUUGCUAUUGAUGAAAAAAUUGUUGAAAAUGUUGACAUUCAUUCUGAAACGGAAAAAGAAGAUGGAAUUGUUGCAAAAGUAGAUUACAUAAAUACAGAGGUUUUGGAAGAACUAGAAGAUUUAUCAAUCGCGAAUUCUCAGUUUCGGCCGUUUAGAAAUGAGGAGAGCGUAAAACUGCCAAGUCAUGUUACGAAAUAUGCCCCAUCAGCAUCUAUGUCGAGAACAAGCGUGUCUGAAGAACAAAUUAAACUUAGAGUUAAAAAAAAUAUUUCUGUCCAGAAAAAAAUGGCGCUUCACAGAAGAUUAAUGAAAGGAGAAGCCUCGAUUGUGACCAAACAAAGAAGGGAAUUGCGUGCGGAAGUUAAAUGCGGAAUGUCUGACGACUUUUUUUAAUUUUUGUGAAUAUAAGAGAAAUAAAGAAAUCAUGAAAUUGCAAAGUUUUUCCUGCAAAAAAGGGGGUUUAUGCAAUUUUUUGUCUAAAAAUUGAUGCUUGUUAUGCGUGGGUGUUUAAAAAGUUUAAAAAAUCAUUUUAUAAAAAGCGUGUGACCU